AUGGAUGAAAUCCCACAAUCCCUUAAGAGCAUUCUUGCAGACUCAAACUUCACUUUUGCUGGAGUUGAGGUUGCAAAUGACAUAUCUAAGCUCAAGAACGAGUAUGGGCUGGAGUGCUGCAAUAGUGUAGACAUUCGGGAGCUAGCGAAGAACCGGUGGCCCGGACGGUUUCGUCGGCCGGGGCUGAAGGAUCUUGCUUGGGAAGUGAGUGGUCUCAACAUGAAGAAGCCUAAGCAUGUUUGCAUGAGUAACUGGGAGGCAAGGGUGCUUAGCCACAGCCAAGUUGAAUAUGCAUGUGUUGAUGCUUGUGCUUCUUUUAUCACAAGCUGCUUAUCGAAAACUAGCAAUGCUCCAAUU